AUGGCAAAAUCAUCCACCCCUACAGAGACUGAGUGGGGCAUUGAAUCUCUGAUUGCUAUUUUCCAAAGGUAUGCAGGAAGGGACGGUAACAACCGCAAACUCUCCAAGACUGAGUUCCUAACCUUCAUGAAUGCAGAACUGGCUGCCUUCACGAAGAACCAGAAGGACCCUGGUGUCCUGGACCACAUGAUGAAGAAACUGGACCUCAACAGUGAUGGCCAGCUAGAUUUCCAGGAAUUUCUUAAUCUUAUUGGUGGCCUGGCCAUAGCUUGCCAUGACUCUUUUAUUAAGUUUACCCAUUUCCAGAAGUAAAUCUGAGUACCCUUUGGGCCUGACCUCCAGACUCGCCCCCUUUCCUUCCAGGCUCCCAAUUAUCCACUCCUCACAGCCCACACACACCCUGAGCCCAGU